AUGGGCUUCGGCGACUUCCAGACGAUUUGCGAAAAGGCACCGAUACCACUAUGCGCUCUUGUGGGUCACCAGGAUAUCAACAAUGGCGUGGGCAUCCAGACAGAGUGCUAUGCGCGGACGAUUGAAAUUGCGAAUACCCUCAUCUUCGAGGCGGCGAACGACUUCAUGCACAUCUUGGCCAUGGUAAUGACAGUCGUUAUGAUCAUCCAUGUGCGCUCAAAGUUCACAGCUGUUGGCCGAAAGGAAAUCACCUCCUUCUUCUACAUCUACCUGCUCCUGACCAUCAUAUCGCUCGUCCUCGAUGCCGGUGUCGCUGCCCCAGGUUCCGCCGCAUAUCCGUACUUCGCCGCUGUCCAGAACGGUCUUGUGUCCGCGCUAUGCACCUGUUUGCUGAUCAACGGCUUUGUCGGCUUUCAACUCUACGAAGACGGCACUACCUUGUCCAUAUGGCUUCUGCGUCUCUCCACUCUCGUCAUGUUCAUUGUUGGCGGUGCUGUGAACCUCCUAACCUUCAAGGGCUGGGCUGGACUGAGCCCUGGAAACCCCAUCGGUAUCUUCGUCGUCACGUACAUCGUCAACGCAAUCUGCCUCUUCAUCUACACAGUUAGCCAAAUCAUCCUCGUCGUAGGAACGCUAGAAGACCGUUGGCCACUCGGUGAUAUCUCAUUUGGCAUCUUCUUCUUUGUCAUCGGCCAGGUCAUUCUCUACGUCUUCAGCGACACCAUCUGCGACCAAGUGCAGCACUACAUCGAUGGUCUUUUCUUCGCAACCAUUUGCAAUCUGCUCGCAGUCAUGAUGGUCUACAAGUACUGGGAUUCCAUUACUCGCGAAGAUCUCGAGUUCUCCGUCGGCGUCAAGCAACACAACUGGGAGGUCAAGGAGCCCUUCCCCGAGGAGGACAAGCGUGGCACCAUGUACCAGCAAUCUGAGUACGAGCCAUCGCUAUAUCAGCAACCAUACCACCCGCGCAACUCGCACUACUCUGCCGUCGGCCACUAA